AAAAUAAAUUCACCCUUUCUGUUGGUCUGAAGAUAGUCUAGGAAAAAUAUAGCAUCAAAACAAAAACAAGGGGAUAAAAGAUUGAAACUGAAAAUGACAGACUUUCCCCCCAUUGUCUCUAAACAGAAUCGUCUGGAAAACACUUGAGCCUUUUAUCUCUCCAGCCAAGAGUACGCCACCAACACAACGAAGCUUACUGUUUUCAUACCACUAAUCUCAAAUAGAGGGCUUGAUUGGGUGUUAAACACAUUGUCAACAAUGAAUUUCAUUCUGUUCCACAGAAAACAGCUUAUGGAUUUGGCACAGCAUGAGGUUGCGCAAAUAAGUGACAGGAUGAAGUUUUUAGAAGAGCAUUCCUUUAAGAAAUUCACGUUCAAGAAACAAGAAAUGCAAAUUAAAGUCAUCAAAUCAUUUGAAAAAGUAAGCUGAUGCCCAAAGAUAUUAGAAAUCACCUUGGCUCUGGGUGUUUUGUUUACUUGCUUGACUUUAAAAUGACAUAUUUUGUUUGUAUGCCUGUAUUUCCCAGGAGCCAUGAAAUGUCAGGUUUGAUUUUUUUUAAAUGCCGCAGAGAUAAAGGACUGCUUGUAUUGGAUUCAACUAGAAGUGGCCAAAGGCCUCAGCCGGCUCUAUUGUAGGUUCAUUUGAAUUUCAGGCCACUAUUUUCCACAAGCCUCUCUCUGUGUGUGUGUGUAUAGAAGAACCUGAGGCUUCUCCUCAGGAGCAUAAAACGCAGUCUGAGCAUGACUGCCAUCCAGAUGAGACAGAGACACAUACAGCAGGACCCCUAGCACAAAGAGGGAUCUUUCUCAUGCAUAAGGCAGUCUGUCUGAAGAGCGAGUCCAAAACACAAAUGAUGAACUUUACAAUGCCACAGAACCUGCACUUUUGGAAGUCAUUCUUUCCCCUGAAAUCAUGAGGACAAAUGUCCUGUGAACUCAUGAUGCUGUAGACACCAGGAGCUAAAUCUCUAAAGGAUGGAGAUCAGGAUGCUGCCUAGAAUAUACAAUCUUGUAUUUAUUUGUACUGUAUAAGUAUAAAGAAUUGUUUGACAUCCAUCUGAAUGGUCUGAACCAGGAUGGCCAAGCCGUUCUACAGACUUCAGCACUUUUUAAGGCGGGCUCAGUUGCUUCUGUUUUUUCUGGGUGUGGCUUACAUCAUGGCAGGAAGCGUGUUACUGCUUCAGCGCUCCAGUGUGCUAACAUUUCAGAGAGAAAAAGAUACAGCGGCGCUACCUUCACAACCAGCGCCAUCUAGAUCCCUGGAGCUACCUGCUGCCAGGUGGUUGUACAGAAGGAAAGUCAUCCAAGUGAUGGAGAACCAACCUCUUGAUCAGACAGACAGCAGAAAGGACCAAAAACACUUGAUAUCUCGUAAUCUGGAGAUCAGGCAUUUGAGACGCCACUGGUUCCAUGAUGAUACAGAACAGAAAAGCUCUUCUGAACAUGAUCUGUCACACAAGAAAGCCAGACACAAAGGGACCUACGUCGGAUGUUUUAUAAACAAUGAAACGGAGCACGCACUCGGCGGGACCAUUCUUUAUGAUUUCCGCAAAAUGACCAGCGCCUUGUGUCAGGACACCUGCUCUGAGAGUGGGUUCCGGUAUGCUGGGCUGGAGUAUGGAGCGGAGUGUCACUGUGGAAAUCGGGUCUGUUCCCGCCGGGCUCGGGGUGAAGACUGUAAUCUGUAUUGCCGUGGAGAGAAGGGAUCCCGCUGUGGAGGGGUGGGACGCAUGUCUGUUUACAGAGUUGAGGAUCGACUUCCAGGACAGAGGAGAUACAGAACUGUGCACUACCAUGGCUGUUACAAGAAGCCACAGAACUCUACCGCUGACUUCCUGAUCCAGACCCCUGGCCCGACACACACGCCUCAGCAGUGUAUCGAGACCUGUACAGAUAAGGACCUGCCAUUGGCCUUUCUGAGAGGGCAGGACUGUUUCUGCAGCCAUGUCCCAUUUCUCUUCACAAUCCAGAUGAAUGAACAGGAAUACAUGUGUGAGAGGAGCAACCAAACAAACCAUAGCUCUCCUUAUGACCUCGACUACUACUGGGUGUACAGCACUCCUGUGCUAGAUGCAACGUGCAAAGAAAGGACAUUCCUGCCCCAGAAGUCGAGCACUCUUGUAGCCCUGUCCAGCUUUCCAGGGGCAGGAAACACCUGGUUACGUCACCUGAUUGAACUCGCCACUGGAUUCUACACCGGCAGCUAUUACUUCGAUGGAUCUCUGUACAACAAAGGUUUUAAAGGAGAGAAGGAUUACUGGCAGAGUGGGAGAGUCAUCUGCGUCAAGACUCAUGAAAGCGGCCAGCGAGAGAUCGAAAUGUUCAACUCGGCCAUCCUGCUGAUGAGAAACCCCUAUCGUUCUCUAAUGGCAGAGUUCAACCGCAAGUGUGCCGGACACCUGGGCUACGCGUCAGAUGUUCACUGGAGGAGCAAAGAGUGGUCAGAGUUUGUGGACAGCUAUUCAUCCUGGUGGGUGUCUCACGCUCUGGCCUGGUUGCGGUUUGCCCACCGUCUGCUGGUGGUACACUUUGAAAAUCUCCAAAAAGAUCUAACCUCUCAGUUAAAGACCAUCACCGCUUUCCUGAACACCAGCAUUCCUGAGGAAAGACUUCUGUGCACAGAGAGCAACAGAGACGGCCAUUUUAAACGCUCCGGAUCUCGCAGCCUGACCUUUGACCCCUUCAACCCAGAAAUGAGAGCUCGUAUAGAUGAAUACAUCCGCACAGUAGAUAAAGCUCUCAGAGACAGAAACCUCGAUGGCCUACCACAGGAGUACAUGCCCAGGUGAGAAUUCGUGAAUGCAGAUGCUGCCCUCUGCUGGAGGGAGGACACAGAAACACAAAGUGCCUGAGUCAUAAAACACAACUGCUGUCUGUCUGUUUUAUUUGUGCUUUAUGUUUGUGGUUGUGUUGUCACCAGUUUUAUGGCAUUGUGGAGGCUUUGUCUAGUCAGUACGAUUUACCAUUAAACCAAUC